AUGAGGACCUUCAGUUUUCUGCUCUGUGUGGGGUUUCUGGCCUGUCUCAACGUUUCUUCAGUGCGGAGUUUGCUGUGUGCCCAGUGCAACCAGAACGACCCUGGGUGUCGCAGUGGCACUGUCCUGCCCACACUCUGUGCCCGCGGAGAAAGGUUUUGCUUUGUCUUCAACGUCUACGGAGAAGGAAGGCAAGGGACAUUCAGAGGCUGCACCAAUCGAGACGACACAGAAGGGUGCAGACCUAUCACCAUCAACAACAGAGAACACACGGGAUGUCUGAGCGUUUGCAGUUGGGAGGGAUGCAAUUCUUCUCAAGGGGAAGUACUGGCUCUCUUGAUGAAAAACAGAUAA